UUUUUUCUCUUCACAGAUCAGGCAAAAAAAAAGUCCCAAUGUGGCCAUUAACAUGUGGCGAUAUAAUAGAAUCAGAACCAAUAUGGAGCAUCUCUGUUUUAAUCCAGGAAGUCGACUCAAGGGAGCAUCACCUGUAAAGCCUCUCUUAUAGAUAAGUGUAUCUGAGCGGUCCAGUUCUAAUCUCUUCGGUCUGGUACCCCUAAACAGGAUUUAGGAUUGCAUGUGUCAAGAGCCUCAGUGGCUUCACCUUCUUCGCCCAUAUGGUUAUCACUUAAAGGAUUUGAUGUUUCUUCAAUUACCUCCACGUAAUUUGCCAUAAAAUAUUAUUGAGGAAUUUUAUUUUGUUCAUUGCUAGAGGAUCCCUUAUAGCAUAAUCACUGGUUACCAUGCCUCCCCUUUGCCGGCCCAGUUGUGUACUAUUGCUGCUCAGCACCUUCCUGAGUCUCGGUUUGGGCCUGGAGUUCACAGGCUUAGAGGGUCAAUGGGCACGUUAUCUUCGCUGGGACGCCAGCACCAGAAGUGACCUCAGCUUUCAAUUCAAAACAGCUAUAUCAGACGCUCUGGUUCUCUACUUUGACGAUGGAGGAUAUUGUGACUUCCUGCUCCUGAGCAUUGAGGAAGGCAAGCUAAAGUUGCAUUUUAGCGUGGACUGUGCAGAAACCACUAUAACCUCUGGCAAGAUGGUAAACGACAGUCGCUGGCACUUUGCAACCAUUAGCAGGCACAACUUGCGAACGGUGUUGGUACUGGAUGGAGAAUCCAAGAUGGACGAGGUGAAACCGCAAAGGCAGUUCAUGAAGAUUGUCAGUGACCUGUAUCUCGGAGGAGUGCCUCAAGACAUUCGGACAAGUGCCCUAACACUACCAGCGGCGAAGGAGAUGCCACCGUUCAAGGGGAUUAUUACAGACCUGGGUUACGGGAAUCAGGUUCCAACGCGCCUGGGAAGCCAAAAGGUCCGGUUAGAGAUGGAAGGCUUGUGUACGGAGAACCCCUGUGAAAAUGGAGGCAUUUGCAGCAUGGCUGACGGUGAAGCUUACUGUGACUGCUCCAAAACAGGAUAUGUAGGUCGUUACUGCAAUGAAGCUGUCAACAAAACUCCUGGGUUCGCGCAUAUGGUGAAGUCUCCUCAAGCUCGUGAGGAGAAUGUGGCGACGUUCCGGGGUUCGGAAUACUUCUGCUAUGACUUGUCUCAGAAUCCAAUCCAGAGUAGCAGUGAUGAGAUCACUCUGUCCUUCAAAACCUGGCAGCGCAACGGUCUCAUCCUCCACACGGGCAAGUCGGCGGACUACGUGAACCUAGCGCUGAAGGACGGCGCCGUUUCUCUGGUCAUCAACCUGGGCUCCGGGGCCUUCGAGGCGAUCGUUGAGCCUGUCAACGGAAAGUUCAAUGACAACGCCUGGCAUGACAUCAAAGUGACACGCAACCUGAGACAGCACUCAGGCAUUGGACACGCUAUGGUUACUAUAUCAGUGGAUGGUAUACUGACCACCACAGGAUACACGCAGGAGGAUUACACUAUGCUGGGCUCAGAUGAUUUCUUCUAUGUGGGGGGAAGCCCAAGCACCGCCGACCUGCCUGGAUCUCCCGUCAGCAAUAAUUUCAUGGGUUGCCUGAAAGAGGUGGUCUACAAAAACAACGACAUACGACUGGAACUCUCUCGUCUGGCCCGCAUUGCAGACCCCAAGAUGAAACUUCAAGGGGAUGUGGUUUUUAAAUGUGAGAAUGUCCCCACCUUAGAUCCCAUCUCCUUUGAGACGCCAGAAUCCUUCCUCGGCUUGCCCAAGUGGAACACCAAGCGUGUGGGCUCUAUUUCCUUUGACUUUCGCAGCUCAGAGCCCAAUGGACUAAUCCUCUUUACACAAGGUAAACCCCAGGACAAGAAGGAUCCUCGUAGCCAGAGGAGCAACAAAGUGGACUUCUUCGCUGUGGAACUGCUAGAUGGAAAUCUUUAUCUUCUGCUGGACAUGGGAUCAGGAACGAUUAAAGUCAAAGCCACACAGAGUAAGGUCAAUGACGGAGCCUGGCACCACGUGGACAUUCAGAGAGAUGGAAGAUCAGGUAUCAUCUCUGUGAACAGCCGUCGGACUCCAUUCACCGCCAGCGGAGAGAAUGAGAUUCUGGACCUCGAGGGUGACCUGUAUCUCGGAGGACUCCCGGACAACCGCGCUGGCCUGAUUCUCCCCACCGAACUGUGGACCGCCAUGCUGAACUACGGCUUUGUGGGCUGCAUCCGUGAUCUCUUCAUAGAUGGACGCAGUAAAGACAUCCGUCAGAUCGCCGAGGCCCAGAACGGAGUCGGAAUCAAGUCGUCCUGCAGCAAAGUAACAGGCAAACAGUGCGACAGCAACCCCUGCAAAAACAACGGCAUCUGCAAAGAGGGCUGGAAUCGCUUCAUCUGUGACUGCACCGGGACGGGAUACUGGGAGCGAACCUGUGAAAGAGAGGCGUCUAUCCUAAGCUACGAUGGCAGUAUGUAUAUGAAGGUGGUGAUGCCGACGGUAAUACACACAGAAGCAGAGGACGUGUCCCUGCGGUUCAUGUCCCAGCGUGCCUUUGGCCUGUUGAUGGCUGCCACAUCACGUGAGUCUGCAGACACACUGCGACUAGAGCUGGACAGCGGCCGUGUCAGACUCACCGUCAAUUUAGACUGUGGCAGGAUAAACUGUAACACCAGUAAAGGACCAGAGACAUUGUACGCUGGCCAGAAAGUGAACGACAAUGAUUGGCACUCGGUCAGAGUGAUGCGGCGUGGUAAAAACUUCAAACUCAUGGUGGAUGAUGAUGUGGCAGAAGGUCAGAUGAAUGGUGACCACACUCGGCUGGAGUUCAGUAAUAUUGAGACCGGGAUUCUGACAGAACGGCGCUUUGCCUCCACGGCUCCAUCCAACUUCAUUGGUCACCUGCAAGGCCUGAAGUUCAACGGCCUUUUCUACAUCGACAUGUGCAAGAACGGCGACAUCGAAUUCUGUGAGCUGAAUGCUCGUUUCGGCAUGCGCUCCAUCGUGGCCGAUCCUGUUACCUUCAAGACCAAAGGAAGCUAUCUGGGUCUUGCUACGCUCCAGGCAUAUAGCACCAUGCACCUGUUCUUUCAGUUCAAAACCACCUCGGGUGACGGAUUCAUCCUCUUCAACAGUGGAGACGGGAAUGAUUUUAUUGCCGUGGAGCUUGUCAAAGGGUAUAUCCACUAUGUGUUUGACCUUGGAAACGGACCGAGUCUUCUGAAGGGAAACAGCGACAGUCCUCUUAACGACAACCAGUGGCACAAUGUGGUGAUCACUCGAGACGCCAGCAACACACACACGUUAAAGGUGGACGCCAAGUCUGUCAGCCAGGUGGUCAACGGAGCCAAAAAUCUGGACCUGAAAGGUGAUCUGUUUGUGGCCGGUCUGGGGCCCAACAUGUACCAGAUCCUGCCGAAGCUGGUGGUGUCUCGCGAGGGUUUCCAGGGCUGCUUAGCGUCCAUGGAUCUCAACGGCCGUCUGCCAGACCUCAUCAAUGACGCUCUGUUCCGCAGCGGGCAGAUCGAACGGGGCUGUGAAGCUGGUUUCACCAAAGCUGACCUGCAAGGGCCCAGCACUACAUGCCAGGAGGAUUCGUGCGCCAACAUGGGUGUGUGCAUCCAGCAGUGGGAGAACUUCACCUGCGACUGCUCCAUGACCUCGUACUCCGGCACCCAGUGCAACGACCCUGGAGCGACGUACAUCUUUGGAAAGGGCGGAGGUCUUAUCACGUACACAUGGCCCAAUAACGAGAGGCCCAGCACUCGGACCGACAGACUGGCGGUGGGCUUCAGCACUACUAUCAAGGACGGGAUUCUGGUCCGCAUCGACAGCGCCCCCAGACUAGGAGACUACAUCAUGCUCCAUAUCGAAGAAGGAAAGGUGGGCGUAACGUUCAACAUCGGUACAGUGGACAUCAGCGUCAAAGAGUUGACUACAGAUGUCAAUGACGGGAAAUAUCAUGUGGUGCGCUUCACAAGGAACGGGGGAAACGCCACCUUACAGGUGGACAACUGGCCGAUCAACGAGCACUUUCCAUCAGGCAACAGCGACAUUGAGCGUUAUCAAAUGGCUAAUAAGAAAAUCCCGUUCAAAUAUACCCGGCCGGUCGAAGAUUGGCUACAUGAGAAAGGUCGUCAGCUGACCAUUUUUAACACCCAAGCCACCAUCUCAAUAGGCGGUAAUGACCGCAAGCGGCCAUAUCAAGGCCAGCUCUCUGGUCUCUAUUACAAUGGCCUGAAGGUUCUCAACAUGGCAGCUGAAGGUCAUGUUAACAUCAAGAUAAAUGGCAGUGUGAGGCUGGUGGGAGAUGUACCUACUAGCAGAAGCCCCUCACGCACCACCACUUCCAUGCCCCCGGAGAUGUCCACCACCUUCAUCGAGACCACCACCACACUGUCAACCACCACUACCCGCAAGCAGCGCUCACCACCAACCAUUCAG